CAUUUCUUAUUAAAAAGUAAGUCAAUAAUUUAUGAACACUAUUUGUGAGGUUAUUUCAAAAAUUACAUAAUUUUUCCCGAGAUUUAAAUUACUAUAUAAGAGAGGAAUCGCAGUUAAUGAAUUUAAUGUUUUCUUCAUAGACUUCACGAUGUUGAAGUUUGGAAUUAAAUCUGCUGUAUUAGGGUCAGCAGUAUACUAUACAAUAGAUAAAGGAGUUUGGAAGGAUAGUUCUACAACAUCUGCAUUAUAUGAAGAUCUUGAAAAGGGAGUAUCCCCGUAUGUUGGUGAACUGAAAAAACAAAUUCCUUAUGAGUUGCCUCCACUUCCAUCAAAUGAUAGAUUGACAUACCUAUUCAAAUAUUAUUGGAAUUGUGGAGUAAAAUCAACAUUCAGGUUUCUUGUGGACCUCCCGACUCACACCAGCAAUGCAGCCACUUCAGUCUAUGAAAUGAUUUCAUCUUCAAUAAAUACAAGCGAACCAAACAAAAGCGAAGAAAAAUCAAAUUGAUUUAACCUGCCUGUGCAUUGUUAUUAUUUAAUUUAAAUUAUGGCAAACAUGUGUAAUUUUGCCAAUAGAUUUAUGUUCCAUUAUCUUGUUUUUUAUUUUCCAAAAACUUCCUGGUCAAUGAUGUAGUCUGUAUGUUUCAAGUUCCAACAGUAUGAAUACAAAUAAAAUAUCUCUAAAUGUAUAAUAUAGUAUACAUCCUGUACAUGAAUUUUAGUCAGAAUUAAAGUUCUCUUUCAGAUUUGUGAGAAACUGGUAUUUUUCACAGAGAGCCCUAGUGAAGCUGUUGGUAAAUGGUGGUUAGAAAUUAAGGUGAUUUGCAGGUAGGGUUGCCAUCCGUCCGGGUUUCCCCGGAUUUGUCCUAGUUUAGAGGGCAUGCGGGUAGCGUCCAGGGAAGGUUUCAUUUGUAGACCGGGGUUUAAAAAAAUAAGAAAUAAAAAAAAUUGGGCCGCCCGCGAGACACGCACUAUACUCGCCCACCACAAUCAACUGACGAACCAUGUACAUAUAUUCACCGGUAAAAAAGCUGAUUUAUAUAAACAAUUUGUAAUUUGUAACAAAUUGUAAUAUCAUUCUGUGUUGUUAAAAUAAUAAAUAAAAAAAGGGAUUUAUGACAUUUUCAAAUGUCUUGCAAUGUAUAUGUUUAAAAGAUCUUGUUGAUAUGUCCGGCUUUCGGACUCUAAAAUCGGGGUUUUCGCGCGUCUUGUCCGGUUUUCCAAAUUUUAGAGAUGGCAACCCUAUUUGCAGGUCAAAUUUGGGUGUUGAAUAAAACAUUAUGUUUACAAAAAGGCCCGCAAUUGCGGCACAGUUUGAUUUAUUCCUUUCUCAGUGUCACAUAUUUUACACCUUUUCCUAAUAGGUACAUAAAGUUGCACAAGUACAGUUUUUAUUCCUAAUUAUCGACAACAAAAACAGAGCAAAAUUAUUUUUGUGAAAUAUAAAAUUAUGUAAAUAAAAAAGGAGGUGGUUAAUUGAAUAAACAAGUCAUUAUAAACAGAACAUACAAUAUUAUGAGAACAAAAUAUGCAAUACAGUCAUUAUAAUUCUAAUACAUAGUACCAAUUGCUACCGGAGAAGGGGUUUGUGCACAUCACAA